AUGCAAUCUUCCAAGGGUUUUACGGUCGACAAGCGACCGGAAAGCUACGAUAAGUAUGAGUUUACGCUACCGGAGCAGUACCGGAAGCUGGCCCUAGAGGAAUUGCGGGAAGAUGACGUGAUUCGUGAGCAAUCGUUGGCGCAGAUGCGCGAGUGGAUCGCGAAACAUCCCUACAUCCGAAAGUGCCGUACGGAUGCGUCAUUCUUGUUAAGGUUCCUCCGCUUUCGAAAGUUCUCCGUUCCAACGGCGUGCGAGGCGCUGGAGCGCUACCUGGCGAUGCGGGAAACGUUUCCCGAUUGGUUCAAAAAUCUCGACUGCAACGAGCCGGCCAUGCGGGAAAUGAUCGACGACGGAGUGUUCGCGCACAUGGGCCAAGACGAUAAUGGGCGUAUGGUGAUCUUCUUCAAGUUCGCACGGUUCAACGUGGAAAAGUUUGGUCCAAUGCAGGAGGGACGAUUCGCGGCGCUCCUUAUCGAGACACUGCUUGAGUGGGAGGAACUGCAGAUUGGUGGAUUUCGAGUGCUGGUGGACUACACCGACUCAGUUCUCAAGCACUACGGCAUAUGGGGUGUGACGGACAUGAAAGUCUUCAUGGAAGCCAUCAGCCGGUCGUAUCCGAUGCGGAUACGGGAAAUUCAUGGCGCAAGGUUCCCCAAGUUUGCCAUCCCGAUCGUAAACGUGCUGCUGUCGUUCGCGAGUCCCAAACUGAAGAAACGCAUUAUUUGUCACAACACGGUGAAGGAGAUGGUGAAAGAGUUUGACGAUUCCUUGCUACUGACCGAGUACGGGGGAAAGUGCGACCUGGAGCAGCUGAAGAAACGAUUCCUCAAACACCUUGAAAGCCGUCGUGACGUUAUUCUGGCUCUGGACGAAAUGAGCAUCGAUAAGGAGAGCUACUCUUCGUUGUGGAAUCAAACCGGUUCACAAAAUGGUGAAAUUGAAUGUGGGGUGACGGGAAGCUUUCGAAAGCUGACCGUGGAUUAA